AUGGACGCUUUGCAAAGGCAUUCGGAUGCAAAGGCAGACGCCCAACGGGCAAAGGAGGAAGCCGCGGCCAAAGCCAAAGCCCCCGUCAAGGCCAAGCUGAAGCGUUCUUGGUUCCACCACCAGAGCAACGACCAGGCCCCGCAGCCCCCGACUCCACUGAGCCGUCGUGCCGAGAUCCUCGGCCAGCUCAUUGCUCGUCAGCUGCUCGAAGAUGCGUACUUGGAUUGA